AGAAACAAAUACAGGGGUGCACACGCAAAAUCCCCAAACUUGGUUAAUAGGAGUCUUCCUCUCUUUUUUUAUGUGAAAAGUAGUCUUCCUCUUUCGGCCGGUCCUCUUCUUUCUUAUUUCAUCUCUUAUCCUCUCUUCUCCUCAAUUCUCUCUUCUCCAUCCCCUCGAUCAAUAGUAAUCAUACUAAUACUCAUAAUAAUCCAUCGAUGGAGCCGUUGGAGGAGGUGGUGGAGUACAGCUGGAGGGAGGUGGUGCUGCCGUCGCUGAUUCCGGUGGUGCCGGAACCGGAGCUGGAGAGGGAGACCGGCGAGCGUCGGCGAGGGAGGGACCUCCUCGUCGCCAUUGACCACGGGCCCAACAGCAAGCACGCCUUCGACUGGGCCCUCGUCCACCUCUGCCGCCUCGCCGAUACCCUUCACCUCGUCCACGCCGUCUCCAGUGUGCACAACGAUGUGGUGUACGAGAGUUCCAGAGAGCUGAUGGAGAAGCUGGCGGUCGAGGCCUUCCAGGUGGCCCUGGUGAGGACGAAAGCCAGGAUCGUGGAAGGCGACGCCGGAAAGGCAAUAUGCAGAGAGGCGGAGAGGCUGAAGCCAGCGGCCGUCAUCAUGGGCACCCGUGGCCGCAGCAUCCUCCAGAGCGUGUUACAAGGCAGCGUCAGUGAAUACUGCUUCCACAAUUGCAAAGCAGCACCAGUCAUCAUCGUCCCAGGCAAAGAUGCUGGUGAACAGUCUGUGAUCUAAUCGCCGUGACAUCCGGCAGCUAUUCUUCUGGCCUCCCUGCUGCUUUUUACCCGCGUGCUGUAUUCAUGCCUCUGUUCUGCUCCGCACCGGCAGGGUUUCAUUGUACGUAUGAACUUGUAAGAGCUUGUUUGGUGGUUUGUGAUUUCAUUUGUAUGGCAUACAGAAUAAAUAUUGAUUUGCAUGCAACUAAAGCUUCGUUUUAGAAACAAAAA